AUUGUUUGCGUUAAACCACAUAAAUAUCGAUGACGAAAAACUGGGCGUUUUUAUUGUUAUGUCUGAAAAAUAUCCAGCUAUGAUACUCCGAAAGCUAAUUUCUGAAUAUUGCACUUUGAAAAAAGUAACGAUAGAAGAUAUACUCAGAAAUGAAAAACACGAACUUUAUCAUAGACGGAUCAAAACAGAAUCAUGCUGUAAAUGCAGUACGAAGCAAUCCUCUACUUUCAUUAAAGGUAUUCCAGAAAAGCAAUGGGACGCAUUGUAUGAGAUUAGUAAGAUCAGUUAUUCUAAUUCCUGUCCAUCUGAUCUUACAAAAUGCAGUGAUCGGUUUGUUCCCAAAACGACUAACACGAGUGAUUUGUCAGUGAUCAUGACAUUGCUUCUUUACUCAGAAAAUAUGAUGCACUAUAUCGUUAGUCGAUUAUUUUCCAAUGGAUUUUGUAAGUUUCUAAUGGAAAACCAGCAUACAUUAUACCAUUCUAUGGGCAAAAAAAGGUGUUGUAAGUGUAGCACGGUUCCAACUGAGAAAAUAUUAAUUAACAAAGAAGAAUGGAACAAACUAUUUUUGAAAGAAAAUGAUAUACUUUGCAAGAUAAAUACUAAGGAUUGUUGCUGACAGUACUCAGUAAGACGUAGAAUUAAAUACUCAGACAUUGACGACACUGUUUUGUUCAAAUGUGUUUAUCUCGCGGGUCCUGUUGGUAUUCUUAACAAAAUUAAAGAAGAUGCGUUCUUAUAUUUUAUAAAUUGUACAGUUGAAGUCGAUCCUUUAAGAAGAGCGUUAACAGAAUUAUUGAAAAUUAUAGAAGAUGAAACAUUUCGUUCUGAUAUGUUACGACGUAUUUCAUCGGUUAACCUGUCUCAAUCAGAUGAAACUGAAGCGAAAUGUGAUGAUGUAUAUGAAUGGGUGUCUACACACUUACGCAAACAAAAGGCAACAACAAAACCACCACUUCAAAUGCUUGUUCGUGAUAAAGAUGGUUUGCGUGUAAGAAGUGUACAGAUCCCUCAAGAUUUUACUCUUCCUCACAGAAGUAGAAAUUUCACAGAUAUCACUUCUGGACUAUCCAAAAUAGUAUAUCCUAUAGUUUUAAAUGAAUUUAAUACACACUGUCGUCAUCACAUGUUAAAUGCAAUCCGUAGAGAUAUCGUCGAACAGCGUUGUAAAUCUCCGAAUUAUGAUGAACAAAGAGGUCAAAGAAAAAGAAUGUACCUUUCACAGAAACAACAAAAACAGCUUUUUUCACCGCGAAAGGAAGAAUCAAAGAUCGUAGAUCUGAAAUUGAUGAUCUACAUUUUAAAAGAAAACACAAACGAAGAAGAAAAGAAAGAUUAUUUCGAACAAUUAGAUGUCAUCAAUGACAUAAGAAGAGGAACUGUACAAAGCAGCAGCGGAAUCUUAAAUGAAAAACAGUUUCAGGACAUCAUGCAACGCAUUUGUAAGGCAGUAUUUCAUUUGGGAGGAGAAAGAUACAAGGAAGAACUAUCAAGUCUUCAGCGUAUACAGAAUAGUUUAGAAUAAACUCUAUGAUAGAUAACCAAGUGUCAGCCAAAACUGUAUAAACAUACAUCACAGAAAUGCAGCACAACUGACUUAAAACUUCAAACAAACAUACAAACCUAUCUAACAUACACGCGAAAGUACAAGUUUCAAAAAUUCCUCUAAUUUAGUUAAUUAAAAGAAAAUUGGUAUAACCAUAACAUAACAAAUGACGAUCCCAAGGCUACAAUCAAUUAUCAUAAGUCGAAGAUAAACGCAAUGGUAAAAAAACCAGAAAAACGACAAAAACAAGUCAAUAAAAUAAUACACAAAAAAGAGAUUGAGCAACAGAAAUACUGUCAAAAAAGGGGGAUAAAUCAGGUGUGCCAAACGGAUGAGCAGAUCCUACACUACAUAUGUCACCCAGCAUGUUGUUUACUGUAGGUACACAAUCGGUGAUAAGUCUUAUGCGUUAAUGUCAAAUUAAAACAAAAGGAUGAUUGUGUUGACGCCUGUGGAAACGCAAUUGAAAUAUAUCAGUGAUAAUCUGAGACGAAGACAUUCCAUGAUGGCCACCUAACUCGUAAUAACUGUCUUGAUGCGACGGCUUUUCUGUUAGCAGCGUAUUUCUAUUAAAACAUAUUGAAUGGAAAGUCUUGAAUGUCGUUUCAACUGGGAAUUAUUUACCGAAUAUAUAGAUGCUGCUUGAAUAUAUUCCUUGCAAGAAAUAAAACGUUCACAAUUGGGAAGCAGAAAUUAACUUUUUUGUAU